AGGAAAAGGUCCGGCUCGAGCACACACACAUAUAUUACACUCCAUUCCUCACCCCCGAUCCAUUCCUUGCGCGGCCGGGCCCCUGCCCCCCGCGCAGCCUUGCGCCCGGAUCCAUUCGGGUCUCACGUCUUCCUGACUCAUGCGCGGCGCCGGCAUCCUGCUGGCCGCCGCCGCGCUGCAGGCGCCUGGCGUAGCACUCCACGUCGACGUGGUUGACAGGCGCUCGCUCGCGCGGCACCUCGAGGCCGUGCGGUCGUUCUCGUUCGACCACUUCGUGGAGAAGUUCAACCGCUCGUACGUCGCGGGCACCGAAGAGUGGGCCCACAGGCUGGCCAUCUUCACCAAGGAGAAGGAGGCGGUGGUGUCGUUCCUCUCCGGCCCGCGACAAUCCUGGCUCAUGGGGAUCACGAUGUUCGCAGACUACACCGCGUCGGAGCGCUGGUCCAUGCUGGGCCGGAGGGGCAGCCCCAAAAACAGGACUGCAAGCGGUGCCUCCGCGAACUGGCGCGAGUGGACGUACCCCCAGGAGCAUAACGCCCUGCAUACAAACAGCCCGUGGAAGCUCGGCAAUAUCGUCCGCUCCCAGGGCGGAUGCGGCAGCUGCUGGGCCAUGGCGGCCACGCACGUGCUCGAGGCCCGCAUGGAGGCCAACGCCUCCAUCAUGAAAAGCCUCCGGGAAGUCCUCGUCAGCGGGGGGAAGACCAACGCGGACUCGAGGCUGUCUUCGGCAGCGGUCACGUACUGUACAAAGAACCCGCGGAACUGCGGCGGCCAGGGCGGCUGCGCCGGGGCCACGACCGAGCUCGCGUUCGACAUGGUGAAGGAGAGGGGCAUCCCUCUGGAGGCCCACUGGAACGAUGCCCCCUCCAAUCUGAACCAUGCCCCCUCCAGCCGGGACUCCAAGCCGGGCUAUUACGAGACUAGCUGCAAGGAGUCGGCCAUGCGGAGGACACUAGUGGGCAUCACCAACUACGAGGUCCUGCCGCAGAACAAGCUGCACCCACUCCUGCAGGCACUGUACGAGUCUGGAGGCCCCAUCGGCGCGUCAGUGGAUGCCACCACGUGGUUCGGAUACCAUGGCGGAAUCAUGUCGGACCGUGGGGUUGGCAUCAAGGGCCGGUUCGUCAUCAACCAUGCGGUUGCGCUGACGGGCUACAAGAUGCCGACGGGCACCGAGCGCGGAUAUUGGCGCAUCAAGAACUCGUGGGGCCCUCGCUGGGGCGAGGACGGGUUCAUCCGGAUGGAGCUGAAGAAGAACGAGGAGGAGCACUGCGGCUGGGACAGGAACACCCACGUGGGACUCGCCUGCGACGGGGACCCCAACGAGGCCUGGAUCUGCGGGACAUUCGGCAUUCUGUACGACUCGGUGUACCCCACGGGCAUCCACCUCCGGGAGUACCCGCGCUGAACGCGCGCACGCCGCCCCCCGGGGGCAUUCCCCGUGGGAGAGCGCGCGGCACGCACGCGGGCCGCGGCGCCGGCUCCCCGGCCCGCGCCGCCUCCGGGCGCGCGCAGGGCGAUGGUAGCCGCCCCGUCCCCCCUCCCUCCACCCCCCUGUGCGCGCCGCCAACCCAGACCCCCGACUUAAUGAUUUUUUCAUUACGGCCCACUCCCGCUUGCCUCCGUCGCAGUCCGCAGCCGCUGCCCCGAGCCCUCGCUGGUCCCUGGCGGCCGCCAGUGGCACGACCUGUGGCCUGAACGCGCAGGCCUCCAACGAUCUGAUGCCUUCACUCGCGGCGCCUUCCCACGCUCGCGUCUGCAGGGGCACGCGAUCGGGCCAAAAGGCCAUUACAGGCAGACAGGCGGACUGGGGGAAGAACCACCCCGCCAAGGAUCUGGAAGCGGUCGAGGCCCGGCGCACUGAGAGAGGCACAUCGUCCGGUGUCUGUGGGCCGCGCCGAGCUCGCGGGCGUGUUCUCGUUUCCACUCCCUCGCCCCAGCUCCCACGGGAGCGUGGCCAGGCCUCUUUGCUGCUGCGCUCCUCUCGCGCCUCCCCUGAGUCUCGGGGGCCACGUCCCCCCCCCCUCCUAUCGUUGCCAGUCUCUCGAAGCAGCGCAAGCUGCACACAGAGAGUUUGUGGUUCGCCGAGGCUGUGCUCUAUAGGGGGCCUCGCCGCGAGCGCCCCGAGAUCCGGGCGCCGCAGCUCGUUCCGCCGAGAAGGGACGCCAACACCGGAAG